AUGUUUCUUAACAAGUCCCCAACCAGCGCCGGUUUGCGCGACAGCAUGGGAAGGACAUUCCUUCAUGUAGCUGCUGAGAAAAAGAAAGUCAGGAUAGUCAGUUUUGUUUGCAGAAAUCGAUCGCUCUCAUCGAUUCUGAAUAUGCAGGAUAAUGAUGGAAACACUGCACUACACCUAGCUAUCCAGACAGGGAGUCUUCCAAUGUUUUGUGCUUUGUUAGGUAAUCGGCAAAUACGUUUAAACUUACCAAAUAAGAAACGGCAAACUGCUCUAGAUAUGUCACAGUAUAAGAUCCCCUCAGGAUUUUUUGAUGAUCAGAACAGUGAAGCCAGGAUACACUUUGCACUUAAAGUCGUUAGUGCUAGGAGUGGUGGCUGUCGCCAGGAUCACUUUGAAGAAAACUACAAUGACCAGCUAAAACAUUAUGAAAAAGAAGAAUUAGCAAAGGUGAAAGAUUCAACACAAACAUUGUGUAUUGCUGUAGUGCUAAUUGCAACUAUGACGUUUGGUGCUACUUUUGCCCUUCCUGGAGGUUACAGAGCCGAUGAGCAUACCAAUGGAGGCACGCCUACACUUUCUGGGAGUUAUGCUUUUGAUGCAUUCAUAAUAGCGAGCACACUCUCUUUCAUCUUGUCUGCGAUGGCUAUAGUAGGUCUCAUAUAUUCUGGAUACUACUCACACAGUCGCAAAAUUUUCUUACUCGUAGCCUUGUAUUUUGGAGCAACAUCAGUCACAUGUUUCACAGCAGCUUUUGCACUAGGCUUAUACAUGGUGCUAGCGCCAGUUGCUCAUAAGUGUGCUGUCACUAUCUGUGUCAUUAUCCCCUUUGUUGUUCUAUGCAACAAAAUUGAAUUUUUGGUAAAGUGGGUUCUUCUGGCCCAUCAUUAUGUACUCGAAUUGGGCUAA